AUGGAAGAACUGUCCCAUGGCAUGGGAGGGACAGUUUCAAGGGAAGGAAAAAAACCAACAAUUGUAUUAGAAGCGAUUGCCGAUGUGGAACUGUGGAUAUGGCAUGCAUACUUCGGAGCACCGGGCUCUCUCAAUGACAUCAAUUUAAUGGACUCCUCGCCUACAACAGCCUCCAUUCUUGCAGGAACGUUCUCACCUCGAUUCUCAUACCUCGCUCACGACACAUCUCGUUCACUUCCGUACUAUCUAGCAGAUGGCAUAUAUCCCAACUGGUCUAUUUUUGUGAAAACCACCAAAACUCCUGCCAACAAUGAAGAAAAGAGAUUUUCAAAGGCACAAGAGGCGGUUAGAAAAGAUGUUGAGAGAGCAUUUGCUGGGCUGCAAGGAUUUCUCAACAUGAAAGGUCUGUACAGGAUGCCGUUGACCAUGCUUUACUUCAAAGGUAUCUUCUCGAGCACAUCUGGAGAAGAGAAGGAGAUUUGUAACUCCGGAGCACUCAAUUUCCACAUAGCCCAGGCGACGAAGCUCCGUUGGACGGAGGGAGUAACACUUGAAGCCGCAAGAGAAAGACCAGCUAUCCUCAAUCCGCAGCACCAUCACAACCACAUACGUCAACAACUUGGAUGCAUUCAUGUCAACUGCCCCAUCCACCUGCCUCCGAGCCAUCAACCUAACAUGCUCAGGAGUAUCCGUAUUCUAUUACGCGUGUACGCUAGGACACGUGGCACCCGUGCGGUAGUCUGUAAGCAGCGCGUGUGUACAAGUUCCAUACCCCAAAAGUUGAACACGUUCCCAAAAGUUGAACAAAGCAAAAAUUUGUAA